GCUGUUCUUCGUCAAGCUAAACUGCCAAGUAAUUAAACCUAAUCAAUCAUCAAGCCAUAUAUACAUCCUCUAUCUAUCGAUCGAUGAUGGAGAUAAACUCAGAAGCCACCGUCACCCUCGUCUCCGUCGUCACCCUGCCCAUUCUUCUCGCGUUGCUGACCCGCAAGUCGUCGUCAAAGAAGAGACGGCCUCCGGGGCCAUGGAACCUCCCCUUGGUCGGCGGCCUCCUCCACCUCCUCCGGUCGCAACCGCAGGUCGCACUCCGCGACCUCGCCGGCAAGUACGGCCCGGUGAUGUUCCUGCGGACGGGGCAGGUGGACACCGUCGUGAUCUCCUCGCCGGCGGCGGCGCAGGAGGUGCUCCGCGACAAGGACGUCACCUUCGCGUCGCGGCCGAGCCUCCUCGUCUCGGAGAUCUUCUGCUACGGCAACCUCGACAUCGGCUUCGCGCCCUACGGCGCCUACUGGCGGAUGCUGCGCAAGCUCUGCACGGUGGAGCUCCUCAGCACCAAGAUGGUGCGGCAGCUCGCGCCGAUCAGGGACGGCGAGACGCUGGCCCUUGUCAGGAACAUCGAGGCCGCCGCCGGCGGCAAGAAGCCGUUCACCCUCGCCACGCUGCUCAUCUCGUGCACGAACACGUUCACCGCGAAGGCGGCGUUCGGGCAGGCGUGCGGCGGCGAGCUCCAGGAGCAGUUCUUGACGGCUCUGGACGAAGCGCUCAAGUUCAGCAAUGGGUUCUGCUUCGGCGACCUCUUCCCGUCGCUGCGGUUCAUCGACGCCAUGACCGGGCUGAGGAGCCGCCUGGAGCGACUGCGCUUGCAGCUGGACACCGUCUUCGACAAGAUCGUCGCUCAGUGCGAGUCGAAUCCGGGUGAUUCCCUUGUCAACGUCCUGCUCAGGAUCAAGGACCAGGGCGAGCUUGACUUCCCCUUUAGCUCAACACACGUCAAGGCAAUUAUACUGGAUAUGUUCACGGGAGGGACAGAGACGACAUCAUCUACCACCGAGUGGCUCAUGUCGGAGUUGAUGAGGAACCCAGAGGUGAUGGCCAAGGUGCAGGCUGAGGUGCGAGGAGUAUUCGACAACAAGAGCCCACAAGACCACGAGGGCCUGCUUGAAAACCUAUCAUACAUGAAGUUGGUGAUCAAGGAGACCCUGAGGCUGAAUCCGGUGUUGCCGCUGCUACUCCCCCAUUUAUGUCGGGAGACCUGCGAAAUCGGAGGGUAUGAGAUUGUGGAGGGCACCAGAGUGUUGAUCAAUUCGUGGGCGAUGGCGAGGAGCCCCGAGUAUUGGGACGAUGCGGAGAAGUUCAUACCAGAGAGGUUUGAGGAUGGCACAGCGGACUUCAAAGGCUCCCGUUUUGAGUACUUGCCAUUUGGGACCGGGAGAAGGAGGUGCCCUGGUGAUAUAUUUGCAAUGGCCACGCUGGAACUCAUCGUGGCGCGCCUUCUAUACUACUUCGACUGGAGCCUCCCGGAUGGGAUGCAGCCAGGUGAUAUCGACAUGGAGCUCGUCGUUGGUGCAACGGCGAGGAGAAAGAAUCAUCUCCAGCUAGUGGCAUCACCAUAUAAGCCGAUUUCCAUGCAAAGUUGAUGGAUGUGUGUGACUGUGUGUCGGUGUACUUGCGGUUCGCUUACGUGCUUGCAUACCUCUUAAUAAGUUUUGUUUGUCCUGGGGAAAUGGACAAACAAAUUAAUAAUACUAGUUGAUACCCCGUGCUUUGCCGUGGGAUGUGUGGAUGAAUGCAUUUUAUAUAUGAUAUAAAUGAUAGAUGUACAAGUUUAAAUAAUGUGAAAAUGAUAUGGAGAUAAUGAUUUUACUCUGAUUGCA